CUCUUGUGCUUUAGCCCACAAACAUCGUGUAAACUAUAUACUGUUAUCAUUAUCGAGUUCAAAAUGGAAACGCGACGCUGGCGCUUCUUUAGUCCUUUACCUCUUUACUUUUCCCAUUCAUUUUUUCAUCUCGCCUUGACGGCGCAGGCUUAUUUUUCUAGUCUUAUUUCAAGAGCAGGCUCUUACAUUCUAUUUCCUUGACCAUCUUUGCAUCCUUUUCUCAAUAUGCUUCUCAACAAGCCUGGUGCUUGGCCUGUGAUAAUUUGCCUUCUUUGGAAUCCUAGAAUAGCUCUAGCCUCAGAUAAACAGCCUCAAGUUCAAUGGAUUAGUCCUUCCGCAGGCGACGUCUUUACCUCUGGUGAUAGCAUCCUUGGAAAGUGGACUGCCAAUACCGCCGUGGUUUCUCCUGCUUUCAAGCUUUGUCCAGGUGGCCCUCAGUCUAGUCUGAAGUCGCGCGUAGAUGGUACCGGCGAUGAUGGAUCGGAUAUCUCAUGUGGAAGUAAGGUGUACCCCACAGUUCAGCAGUCCUCAGGGACGUAUUCAAUCUCGCUCGCUAUCCCGAAUACCACAACGGAUCAGACAUGGCACCUGGAAAUGUCGGACGACUUUGCUAAUACAUGGUCAUCUCCAUCUUUCUCUCUAUCUCCCUCUGGGUCUCCGAGUUUAGCUCCUGCCGUUGGUGCUCAAGCCCCUCUCUCACCUCAAUCUCAAACACCGACCUCUGCCUCGACCACGAGUGGCCCCGUUACCGCGAGUUCUAUUCCUGGCGUGAAUCCCGAGGCCGCUUCUGUUGCGACAAUGCUUGCCACACGUACGCCUCCUCCCACUGCCGCUUUUGCUAUUCCUCUGUCUAUAGUCGGCGCCAUCCUUCUCGUGGCGGUGUUCCUUUCUCUCAAACAUAAUCGUAAACUCGCAGAAGAGCGAGCGCAGGACGUGGAAAAGCUUGUGCUGUCAAGGAAAUCUAGUGUUGCAAGUAGCUUCAAGUCGGGCUUUAGCCGGCAGUCGGAUAUCGAGCAUGCACUCAACGUACUUUCCAAAGCUCAAAGUCAAGGGAAUGUCAAGCCGAUGCCAGUCCCUCUAUUCAUGCCAGUGGAGGUUCCUGUUCCGAAGCGAGAGGCGAGGCGAAGUACACGGGAAGCAUACUUCCCUGAACAAUACACAGAAUACAAUCGACGACCGAGACCCAGACAAGAAGUAAGAUAUCACGAGAGGCCUCCAUCCUAUCACACAGCUCCUCUGUCACGAUCGCAAAGUCGUACGCGCUCUCUGUUAUCGUCUGAUUAUUCCAGUUCCCGGGCUUCGAGUCGUACUGCCGUUCAUCCACCCUCACAUGGACAUCACUCUGCGUGCCAAUCUUCUCAUCGACUUCCGUCUCUACGAGUUGCCUCUCCACUUCAGUACUACGAGCAUUGCUCUGAUGGACAUCGAAAAAAGGAUCGACACUGUGAUCAACGCCAUUCAAGAUCGCAAUUCGAAGGACGUGACCACGACAUAGAAUGUGCUACUCAUUCCGUGCUAGAUGAUUAUCUCCCUCAACCUAAUCCUCAUGAUCAUUCACCCGGUCCUCCUGUAUGCCUGAUGCCGGCACCACAAAGGCUUCAUGUUCGAAACAAUAGUGCGAUGUCUUCCAGGUCCUACGAUGAAGAGGAGGAAGAAAUGAUGGAAGUAGAUUUAUAUGGUGCAGUGGCAGAUAGUUUGAAUCGAGCUCGUAGACAUUGAAAUACUUCUUACGCAUUUGCAAUAUUACAAGUUUACAAGAUG